GGAAAGUAUGUUGUUUAUUUUGCUGCUGUGAGUUGAUGUGACACUGAUUACUCAUGACACAUGGACUCAGUAAAAUCGGUAAGAUUUGUAAAAAAUGUUGCAAGUAGUUACAAAUAAGCUUGUAUGUCUGUAAGGUUUGUAUAACGGUAUUACAGUUGUCUCUCAACCUAUGAUAUGUUUACAUUUCAUUAAGAACUAAAGUGAAAAUACCGUAUGCCAAAGAUGCAUGUAAUACAGCUAGCCAAUGCAACACUAUGAAUUUAAUGGCCUAGACCAUAGUAAAAGUUGUUCCUGGCUGACUGGGGAGCCCUAGUCCAGCCUAGAGGAGUAUCCUACUGUCUGCUAACCCAGGAAAGAUUAUGAUUACAACUGAAAAUCAGAUUGAACCAUUUUAAGUUGAGGACUGUCGGUAUACAUACUUUUAAAUGAUUCCUGGUAGAAUUAGGAAAAUUUCAGAACUUUUGAGGUGUUGAUAAUUUAAUAAACAUUUGCUUAUCGUCUGUUUUAAUUGGUAGGUUUAGUUUUCCAGUGCAUUCAAUUUACAACUGUUGCCCUCCAAAAAUAAGUCUGUUAGCAAAUUUAUACUGAUCCAUUUUCGUAUCUACCAUCCUUACAUUCUCUAGGGCCAGUAUUUUCUUAAACUGAACUUCAAGCUUUUGUUCUUGUGCUUCCUCCCAAAUAAUCCGAGGAGAAAAUUCCGACCUAGGGAUUUGUAAGCUGGACUUCAUAAGACCUGUGAAGUGUUUCCAAACCUUUGGGGGUUAAGGUAGAAAAAGUUGGGGUCGUGCACUACCUUCGCAGAAAUAAGAUGAAGUACCGUAAGUAAAUUGUCAGUGGACAGUUCCGUCUCGAUAGUCACCUGGGUUUGCGGCGCCACGCCCCGACGUGGGCCCUUGGAAUUGCUCUUGGCCUAUGCUCACGCCCCACGCCACUCGCUUCCGGCCAGCAGCGGAAGUCGCUUCUGGAGCAGCAUGGCGGCUGCGGAGGACGAGCGGCUGCUGGGGAGCUGUGAGGGAGAGCGACUAGACUUCCUGCGGGACCGACACGUGCGGUUUUUCCAGCGCUGCCUUCAGGUCCUGCCGGAGCGUUAUUCCUCGCUCGAGACCAGCAGGUUGACAAUUGCAUUUUUUGCACUCUCCGGGCUAGAUAUGUUGGACUCCUUAGAUGUGGUGAACAAAGAUGAUAUAAUAGAAUGGAUUUACUCCCUACAAGUUCUUCCCACAGAAGAUAGAUCAAAUCUAAAUCGCUGUGGUUUCCGAGGCUCUUCAUACCUGGGUAUUCCGUUCAAUCCAUCAAAGAAUCCUGGAACAGCUCAUCCAUACGAUAGUGGUCACAUAGCAAUGACCUACACUGGCCUUUCUUGUUUAGUUAUUCUUGGAGAUGACCUAAGCCGAGUAAAUAAAGAAGCUUGUUUAGCGGGUUUGAGAGCCCUUCAGCUGGAAGAUGGAAGUUUUUGUGCAGUACCUGAAGGCAGUGAAAAUGACAUGCGAUUUGUGUACUGUGCUUCCUGUAUUUGCUAUAUGCUCAACAACUGGUCAGGCAUGGAUAUGAAAAAAGCUAUCAGCUAUAUUAGAAGAAGCAUGUCCUAUGACAAUGGGCUGGCACAGGGAGCUGGACUUGAAUCUCAUGGAGGAUCUACCUUCUGUGGCAUUGCAUCACUAUGCCUAAUGGGUAAACUAGAAGAAGUGUUUUCAGAAAAAGAAUUGAACAGGAUAAAGAGGUGGUGUAUAAUGAGGCAACAGAAUGGUUAUCAUGGAAGACCUAAUAAGCCGGUGGACACCUGUUACUCUUUUUGGGUGGGAGCAACUCUAAAGCUUCUGAAAAUUUUCCAAUACACCAACUUUGAGAAAAAUAGAAAUUACAUCUUAUCAACUCAAGAUCGACUUGUAGGAGGCUUUGCCAAAUGGCCAGACAGUCACCCAGAUGCUUUGCAUGCAUACUUCGGGAUCUGCGGCCUGUCACUAAUGGAAGAAAGUGGGAUUUGUAAAGUUCAUCCUGCUCUGAAUGUAAGCACACGAACUUCUGAACGCCUUCGAGAUCUCCAUCAGAGCUGGGAAACCAAGGACUCUAAACAAAGCUCAGAGAAUGUUCAUGUCUCCAAAUGACUGACUUUAGAUGGGGGUGGGUGGGUGGUAGGGAUUUGUAGCGUGACUGUAGCUCAAGGUUAAAAGCCAUGUAUAAUCAAGUGUGCUCUGUUUUUUAAGGGGUAGAGUCUUACAAUCAAAGCUUGUACUGAUAUCACUUGAUAUGGUCUUGAGCCAGUAACCUUUGUACUAGGUUUCAAGAAAAUCUUUGUUGAAGUUUGAACCACAAUGGAUUCUGUUGUGGUUCAAAAAUGUUUAUAUUGUAUUUCUAAGAAGUUCUUUGAGGAAAAAAAAACUAUAUAUGUACGUUAUCUUUUUUUAAAACUCUUCAGUACAAAUUGUGUUAUAAAAUGAACACAAAUCUUCAGAACAAGUUUACACUUCAUAUAGCAUUGAUAAUCUUCAGGUGAGCACUUAGAGAUCAUUUAAAAAUUUUGACUGCUGAUGGUAAAAAUUUGCUUUAAUUAAUUAUGUAGGAUUCUUUGAAAACAAAUAAUCCUAUAAUUUUUUUAAAGAAUAGCUUAUUUUGUCUUAUUCUCAAGUGUGCCAAUUAAACUUGUUUGGCCUAUAUCAAUGAAAGUAAUAACUUCAUAGUAAGAAUAAAUAGGCUUAACAAAUGUGAUAAUUUUUUAGAGAGAUUGUUUUAAGAAAACUGUUAUGUAACUUAGGAAGAGGUAAUUUAAUUGUAUGAUAUUAUGAAUGAGAAUUUUAUGGUAUAUGUGUCUAUUGAAACAUUGAUGGGCUGAAUACCAGUUAACUUUGUUUUUUUAAUCUCAAUCAUUUGUUGCUAUUUGUGGAGACAGAGGGAAAAUGAGUAUUAUCUAAAAGGAAAGACAUUUAGUGUUUUCGUUUAUUUUUCUGAGAUUUAUGAUACUAUAAAUUGUACUUUUAUAACUGAGUUAUUUUUAGUGAUUUGGAUUUUUUUCUUCUUUUUAGUUUGUUGCCACCAGUAUGUCAGUCGCUGUGAUUUCAAACUAGCAGGUUGAGCAUCCCUAAUACAAAAAUCCAAAAUCUGAAAAGAUCAAAAUCCAGACUUUGACACUACAAAUGGAAAAUUCCACAUUUGACCUCAUGUGACAUGUCACAGUCAAAAUAUAGGCACACUAAAUAUAUUGUAGAAAAUUUCCUUCAGCUGUUUGCUUAAGUAAUGAAUGAAACAUGAAUUUAUUUUGUAUUUAGACCUGGGUCUCAUCCACAAGGUAUAAGCAGAUACUCUAAAAUUUGAAGAAAUUCCAAAAUCUGAAAUAGUCCCAACCAUUUUAAAUAAGGGAUACUCAACCUGUAAUAAUUGUAUAAUUUUUUUUAAUUAAGUAAAAACAUUUAAAUACAAAAACAGAACCACUCAAGUAAAUUUGGUAGUGCAGCUCCAUACAUGGUCGUUUAUAUUUUUAUAUUUCCAGAUCAGUGGAAGGGAAAUGUAACUCUUUAAAGAGGGUAAGAACUAAGCUUUCACUUUGUUUAUUGAUUUGUUUUGUUGUCUUAAUUCUGUGAACUAGCUAAUCAUAAAGGAGAUGGUAUAAAAACUCUUCACUAGUAACCAACUUGUCAAUAAAUCACAUCCAUCACAUAGUGGCAUUCAAAGGUUUUAGCCUGGUACGAAAAUUGAGAGGGAAAUCUCACUGAUGGAGCUGGUUUUCAGUUAGUCUUGGUAAUAAUCAAAGUUGAAUUAUUUUACAGAUAUCAAUAUAAAAAUAAAUUAUUAAUAUCACUAGGUAUUGUAAUGCUUUAAAUUUACUUCCUAAAUUAGAGGGAAAGUAUCCCAAAAUAAUCAUUCUUCCCAAGGAAAAUCUAGUAUGUAUUUAGAAAAAUACUUGUUAUUGGCAUGCUUAGUUUUAAACUUGAAUUUGCAAAGUCAACUAUUUCUUUUAAUUUUUAAUUUUAAAAAAUGUUAAUAGAGCUAGGAGUGAAACCCAGUGGUAGAGUACUUAGCAAGUAUGUAUGAGGCCCUGGGUUCAAUUCCCAGUACCACCAAGAAGAAAUGUUUUUUAAAAUUGGAAGUAAAUCUUCCAUACAUGGGGAAAAAGUAGGGUUAACAACAUAUUAUCCUUCCACAGGUUAUUAUAUCUGUAUCUCAAACUAAGUCAUCUUUUAGAUACUGAGAGUUAAAAGUAGCAUGUGUAUAAUGACGUUAGGAGUUUAUAAAGCCUACGUUAUAUUUCCUGAGUUAAAAUUUGUGAUUAGAAGAUAAGAAAAUAAGAGUAACUAUGUUUAUGAAUGACAGAAAAGAAUUCAAGCAUACAAGCAAUUCAUAAAACAAAUGUUUUCUGACUCCUUGAGUAGUUUAAUAGAGGAAUAUUAAUGAUAGGAUUAGAAUAAUUGAUAUGUUUGAGAAAUAAACUUCCUUGAAAAACUUUAUGGACCAGUGAAUGUCACGUUUCACAGAAAUAUUUACCAGAAAAUGUUAGGCUAUUUUGAAUUGUGAAAGAAACUAUUCUUUUUUCCAAAUAGUUAUUUAGAAGAAAAAUAUUUAUUAAUUAAUUAUUAGUAAUAAUCCACAUAUAUACUCUAUUCUUUAGCAGUAGUGACAUAACAGGAAAAAUAAUAAGUUCAGAAUCUGAAAUAAUUCUAUUCCCUACUCUAACUUCUCCCCUUUCCACUUUGCAGUAUUUUUUUUAGAAUAGGAAAAGCUGUUAUUAACCUAUUUAUCAUCUACAGUGUUUUUAGAUUUGACCUAUAAAUCUGUAUUUGGUUUUUGUUAGAUUCUUAAAAGUAAUCUAGAGUCAAAUAGACGGUGCUGACAGUGGUACAUAGUUUGAUAACGGUUGGAUCUGAAAGUAGUGAACAUAGAUAGAGAAGGAGGUACUUUGGAAUCACAUAAUCUGGGUUUAAAUCCCAUGUCUGCCAGUUCAGCAGUAUAAUCUUGGACCCCAGUUUCUGUAUUAGGAAAAUAGUAAAACAACUCACAAGGUUGAUGGAGGAUUAAGUGAGAUAGUGCGUACAAAACAUUUAGCAUAGUGCCUAAAAUACAGCAAGUUCCUAAUUAUACUUUCUGUCAUAACCCUCAAAGUUAUUUUAAAACCUCUUUUCUACAAUAGCGUUCUCAACAGAAUUUAAACUCAGGAAGGAUGAUAGCAGCAGUAUAGGUUUUUAAUCUACUUAUAAAAAUACAGAAUAACGAGGACAGCCACAAACACUGUCUACAAAACUAGAUGAUAAAAUAUGACUCUCAGAAUGCAAAUAAGUAAGAACAAACCAUGGCCGAUAGAGUUUCUGUGUCUGUGUUGAAGAAGGAAGAAGGCAGCUGGUUUGUAAAGCCUGCAAAUUGUAGAACUGUGAUAUUGCCCACUGUUUCUCAUUGCAAAGUACACUAGGCCAAUCGGAACAGAUCUGAAAGUGGGAAGGGUUCUAUAAAAUCCCACCUUCAGUUGAGUGUUUAAGCAAUACGAUAAGAUCUGACGACAUACUAGAGCAGUCUGGGUCUUGUACUGUACUAUAUUCCUCUUGAAAUUAAUGAGACAGCCCAGCGUUGGGGAGAAGUUGCUACAAGUAGAGUCCAAAUUGGACAAGAUAGGUGCAACAGGACAAAAGAAAGAAAUGGUCAAGAUAAAUGUUAGGAAGGAAGGCCAAUAGACACAUAAAUGUAGACAUGCAUAAUCAUAUAAAUCACUGAAAAAGAAAAGGUAGCCCUAGACCCAUGAAGCUAGAAAAGACAUCUGAGAGUGUCCACCUUAAAAGCACAGAAAAAUUCAUCUUCACUUUGAAAAAAAGAGCAGGAUUGCAGUCAGCUCAUUCAAAGUUAGUCUAAGAAGAAAAUAAGUAGCUCAGCACCCCCACAGACAAAGAAAACACACUGGAGAAACAUGUCCACAAGCUGGAUGAAAUCGUAAUACUUGAAAAAGCAGUUACAAUUGGAAGUUAAUAGUAACUUAGUAUACUAUCAAGAACCUUAAAAACUAGAGUAUAAGGGGCUGGGGAUUUGGCUCAGUGGUGCCUGAUCCUGCCUCACAAGCACAAGGUCCCAAGUUCCAUCCCUGGUACUCCACACACACACACACAAAAACUGGAGUAUAAAACAAAUAACAAAAAAAAAAAAAGAAUUCAUAGAAAAUCAAAACAGUAGAGCCAGUAAAUUCAAAAGCUGAUUCUUUGGUAGGGUUGGCAUGGUGGGAGCUCAGUGAAAUAGGCGAACUACCAGCUAACUUAUGUAACAACAAAAGGAGGAAGCACAACUAGAAACACUUAAAUGACAAGGGGUACAUAGCUAUAAAACAGUAAAUUUUUUUAAUGGACUAGUUUGAGAUAUUUUAUAUAAUUACAAUGUUAACUUUUUAAAAAUUCAAAUUAUCAAAAUGUAAUAGAUACAAAAAGUCAAAACAAACCAAUUACCAUAUAAGAAAUGAAUAUUAAAGGACCCCUUACCCCCCAAAAAAUCAGACCUACAUUGUAAAUCUAGCAAAUUUUUAUGAUUAAAUAAUCCUGACAGGUGUGGUGGUGCACACCUGUGAUCUCAGCAUUUGGGAGGCUGAGGCAGGAGGAUUGCUGUGAGUUUGAGGCCAGCCUAAAGUAACUACAUAGCAAGACCCUGUAUCAAAAAAAAAGAUUAAUCCUACUAUUCCUCAAAGGACUUCCAAAUUCAUUUUUUAAAAUGAGUGUAAUAGCAUUGAUUGAAAAACCUAACAAAGAUUGUACCAAAAGAAAUUAUAGGCCUGUCAAAAAAGUUUUAAUGAUUUAUUACCAAAUAAUCCAACAGCACUUUCAAAAGGUAAUAAAUCAUGACAAAUUGAGUUUAUUAUAGGAAUGCAAGGAUAAUUUGAUAUUAGGUGAUCUUCAUAUUCAUAUUAAAAGUUUUAAAGUAAAUGAUUAUUUGACUCGUUAAAUAUACUCAAGAAGAAAUUAACUCAUUAACAUUGUACCUCUGCCUACAGACCAGCAUCUUAGUAUUGAAACAUAAGAGGCUUUUCAGCUAAGUCAGAAACAACAUAAGCCUACUGUGUCCUCUGCUGUUUAACAUUGUGUGGGGAAUUUUAGCCAAGGAAAUUAGACAAAGACAGGAAUUAAGAAAAAAAUAAAACUAUCUGCAGAUAUGACUAUAUAUCUAGAAAGCCCAGAGGAAUUUCUUGAAAAACUAUAAAAGAACUUAGUAAAGUAUCAGUUGAAUACAGUUGAUACAAAUCAGUAGCCAUCCCCAAACAUCAGUACAUAUUCUGAUUCCAUUUAGAUGAAAUACAGUACUCUAUAGGCAGAGUUCAUGUAUGCUAUCAGAAAUCAUCCUCUUUUGUUCAUCUCCUCCCUUCCCAAAGGCAAGUGCUAUUAUGCCUUAAUUCAUCAUUGAUUGGUUUUGCCUACUUUUUAACUUUCCAUAAGUGUAUAUUGUAUACAUUUUUUAACCUAGCUUCUUUGGUUCUGGAAAACAAUACAAGGGGACUCUGGUGCUGGUAAUGUUCUGUUUCAUGAUCCAGGUGCUGGUUACAUAGGUGCAUUCAUUUUAUGAAUAUUUAUCAAGCUGUACACUUGAUUUGUGCACUCUUCUAUAAUUACACUUCAAUAAAAAAUAUUUAGUAAAAAAUUAAAAGACUUUAUGUAUACAAACCUAAAGUAGUUAAAAGAUACACUUCAAGAGAAGACCCCUUUGUGAUUGUAAAAAAAUAAAGUUAAGGUAUAAACUUA